UCCCAACUUCUGUCAACCGCGUAGCCCAUUUAUUUAUUUAUUUUAAAUAAAAAUAUAAUGAUUUUUAUUACUAUUUGUUUUUUUUUUUUUCUCAAUAUAUAUUAUAGAUUUUAUUCCACUAAAAAAGGACAGCAAAAUAUGUAAUAACCAUUCUUUCUAACUGUGUCUAAUCGCCGUAUUUUCUUGAAAAACAUUCUUCUCUUACGAAAGGGAAAAAUAUAAAAAACACUAUAUAUGAACUACAACAAUUGAUUUUCUCGAAAGAUAGUUGGGAAAUCUUGCGUAUAAUUUUCUCGAGAAAAUCAUGAAGGAGAAGGGAGUAAACUGGUCUUCAUCCCUAACAAACCCAUGUCUUCCUCGGCCGAGUCCAUUGCUCCAUUGGCGAUUUGGGCUUCUGACAAGUCUUGUUCUUGUCGGCAUGGUUGUGGUUUGGAGCAUCGACGGUUGCACAGUAAGGACUUUUCUUGAAGCUUGGAAGUCCAACCAAGAUUUCCUCACUAUGAAGGUCAGUACCACCAAUGGGCUAGAUAGUAAUCUCACUCAUAUCAAUGGCGGUUUGCGUUUGAACUCUUCUUCCACCAUUGUGGUUAACCAGACCAACUCGACCCGGUUGAGUACUCAUUUCAAUUUCGAUGACCCACUUCUUAAUCUAACUCAUUACGAGCCAUUGUUGAGUCAGAACUCGUCUAUUAUAUCUAGUGAGUCGGACCAGAAUCUAACUCGUCCUGUAGUAGUUCCAGUUCCAACCCCGGUGAGUUUGAGUUGGGUUGAAGCUGAGUUAGAGCCAAACGUGACGUCUAAUCUUCUGGCCCGGUGGUUAAGUCCCGGAGGAUUGCCUUGCAGGGAUUCUAAGACAGUUGAGAUUGCUAUUCCUGGUUUGGACGGUCAGGAUUUGAUCGAGUUACCAGCCGGUAAAAUCCAUGAAUUUGGGUUUCAAGCUUUGGAUGAGGUUAAGAAUCCUCGUUGUUUAGGUGGGGAUUACUUUGAGACUGAUCUUUCUGGGGAUUCAUGGAAAUCUAGGCCUGUAGUUAAAGAUUUUGGUAAUGGGUCUUACUCUCUUUCACUUCAAGUACACCCAGAUUUCGUGGGUACAUACAAUCUUACUAUAAUACUUCUGUUUAGGCACUUUGAGGGUCUUAAGUUUUCACCUUCUAGAUUUUCAUAUGAUAGAGAGGUUCGUAAGAUUCAAAUCAGGUUCUAUAAUAGCAGCAGCUCUGCUCAGCUGCCAAAGAUUCAAUUUUGUAAGGAAUCUGAUUUUGGUAGAGACAUUUGGUCUGGAAGGUGGACUAGGCAUGGCAAAAAUGAUGCUUGUGAAAUCGGAAAUGAUGGGCGGUACCGAUGCCUGGCUGCGAAUUUUCCAUGCCAGAAUCCAUGGUGUGAUGGCUCAUUGGGGUCUUUGGAGAGUAAUGGUUGGGUUUACUCAACACACUGUUCAUUUAGAUUGUUUUCAGCUGAUUCUGCUUGGAAUUGCUUGAGUAACAGAUGGAUUUUCUUUUGGGGAGACUCUAAUCAUGUUGACACAAUUAGGAACAUUCUCAAUUUUGUGUUGGAUCUACCUGAGAUACAGUCUGUACCUAGACGAUUCGAUAUGAAUUUCUCUAAUCCUAAGAACCCUUCUCAAACAGUUAGAAUCACAAGCAUAUUCAAUGGUCAUUGGAACGAAACACAGAACUAUCAAGGCUUGAAUUCUUUGAAAGAUGAAGGGUUUAGGAACUUGGUAAAGAAGUACUUCUCAGAAGACACAGUUCCAGACACUGUAAUUAUGAAUUCUGGUUUACAUGAUGGAAUCUUUUGGUCUACCAUUAGAGCAUUCUCCAAAGGGGCAACUUAUGCAGCUUCAUUUUGGGCUGAAGUUUUGGAUUCUGUCAGGCAAAGGGGACUGAAAGCCCCGAAAGUUUUUUACCGUACCACAAUAGCCACGGGUGGCUAUGCUAGAUCGUUGGCCUUCAACCCCAGCAAGAUGGAGGCUUUCAAUUGGGUAGUUUUGGAGAAGUUGAGAGAAGCUGGGGUUGUAUCUGGUGUGAUUGAUAACUUUGACAUGACUUUUCCAUGGCAUUUUGAUAACCGUUGCAACGAUGGGGUUCACUAUGGCCGUGGUCCAGCCAAGAUGAGAUGGCGCGAUGGCCAAAUUGGGCACCAGUAUUUUGUAGACCUCAUGUUGGCUCAUGUUCUCUUAAAUGCUCUAUGUGUAAGAUAGUAAGUUAUGCAAAUCUGCAGUGUUUUGGAAUCCAUUUCCAGUCUUUUGGACGAAAGGGAAUUGGCUUUGUGGCGCUACAAAGUGAAAAUCGAGUUGAGGGCAUCGCCUUAAAUGCGCGGUAAGAGAGUAGAAGGAGUUCUAGAACAGCUUUGUUACUCGGAGAGGAAGUAAAUCUGAGGUAUAGUAUAGUGUGUUCCAUAUAUAAGUGAUUCAUUUUGAGAAAGAAAUGGUAGCAUUCUUAAUUUUUUUGGUGUAAGUAUUGAUUUUUAUCAUAUGUAUGGUUUUAGAUACAUGCAUAUCCCACGCUUGUAGAUUAUUAUGAGGAGUUUUUGUUGAAAUACUUAAUGAAAGAAUGUGUUUAAUUAGCUCAAA